CUCCUCCCGCGAUCGCAUCCACCCACCUGUGCAGAAGUCUCUUCGAGUUAUAACUUGGCAAAUCAGCGGAUGAUCCCCUGCGCGUCGCAGCGCAAGCCACUCGAUUAGUGGAGUCCACCAACCAAGCACGCGUCCAUCCCUCCCUCCCCGUCCCAGAUCCCAAUCCGCAGCACCGGAGCAGCCCGCCAAUCCGAUCCGUCUCCGCAUCUCCACGCCUUGCGCCCUUGCCCGUUCGCUCUCGCCGGCUCGCGAUGGAGGGUCUCAUCAAGGGGUUGGCCCACGUGGCGAUCGACGCCGUGCGGGAUCGGGGCCGCGGCGGCGGCGGCGACGAAGACGACGAGGCGCCGAGGAGGGGGGCGCCCCAACGCGCCGACCCGGACGCCGACGGGGAGGAGGGCCGCGACGAGCGGUCGCGGUCCACGUGGGCCGAGGUCGUCUCCGAGCAGAAGGACGGCGGGCCGGACGACGGGCGCCGCGACCAUCGGAAUUCGGGGCGGGACCAGAGGCAUCAUGAGAGGAGGGAUGAGGAGGGUUGGGAGCGGGUCGGCGGCCGGAACCAGCAGCACCCCGCAGGCCGGCAGAACCAGUACGACGGUGACGACAGGAGGGAUGGGGGCUGCCAGCGGCCGCAGAAACAGCAGCAGGCACCAGGAUACAGGAGGCAGGAACAGGAAGGAGAGGGCACAAAUGAUGGAGGUUGGCAGACUGUCGGCGAGAAAAAGCACCAUGGAAGACCACAGCAGUCUGAAGCAUGGAAUGGAUACAGAAGGCCGCCAUCAGAACAAAAAUACUCUGAGGAUGUUGGUCAGGUUCACCAAGGACUCAAUGUGGAGCCUACCAGAGAAGAGCUGAAUAGCUUAUCCAAAGCAUGUAGCAGACUGUGGGAGCUCGAUAUGAAUCGCCUUGUUCCUGGUAAGGACUACAGAAUUGACUGUGGUGAGGGGAAGAAAGUUUAUCAGAAGGGUGAUAUGGCAUCUGAAAGCUUGUUCAGCUGGCUAGGUGAUGACGUGUUAAGAAAGCCCACCUACUCUCGUUUCUGCGCACUUCUUGAUAACUAUAACCCACACCAGGGGUACAAAGAAGUUGUUACCCAGCAGGAUAAGCAUGAAGAAGUAGCAUUCAUUGAAGAGAUUGCCAGAACAGCACCAAUUAAGUACUUACACCGGUACUUAGUGCAAAAGGGGGCUGUAUCUCAGGACUACGAGGAUUUCAAGAGAAUGCUGGCAUCCCUAUGGUUUGAUUUGUAUGGAAGAGGUGGCACCUCUUGCUGCUCUUCUGCCUUUGAGCAUGUGUUUGUUGGUGAGAUCAAAGGACGGGGACAAGGAGAGAGUGAGGUCGCAGGCUUCCACAACUGGAUUCAGUUUUACCUAGAAGAAGCCAAGGGAAAUGUGGACUACCAAGGUUAUAUAUUCCCAAGACGUCGUGGUGAAUCGCCUGAUUCAGAAACACAGCUGCUGACUGUUCAGUUUGAGUGGCACGGUGUGCUGAAAUCAGUAUCCAGCACAUUGAUUGGUGUCAGUCCAGAGUUUGAGGUUGCACUCUACACAUUGUGCUUCUUUGCUGGAGGGGAAGAUAACCGUGUUGAUAUCGGCCCGUACACUGUGAACAUCAAGUGCUAUCGGUUGGGGAACAAGAUUGGGUCUGCCUUUCCCAUUGCAGAGAAUUAAUUAUUUGGUGGCCUGCUUCUGCAGAUUUGUAAUUCUUCGUUUUCUUUUUGUUUCAUGAUCACUUUUGGGAAGUUAAUAUUGUAUUGUACGUAUCUGUUUACUUGUGUAUGAAAAUGUACCAUGCUGUACGAUUUGUUGUUACCAGCUACAACCAUAUCGGUAUUGCUACUAAUGGCUGAGACUAAAAUUACUUUUCAUUGUUUUUUU